ACAAACCAGCCAUAGAGGAGAGCCAGUACACAUCUAGAUAUAGCAAACAUCAGCAAGAAAAGUGGCCCUAGGAGGAUUUGGCCACCCUCACCAACAAAGGAGCACAGCGGCAGCGCGAGCCAGGAGGAUGAGGAGGGGCUCAGGGAGCGGCCCAGCCCGGUGGCUGCAGGUACUGUCGCCCUUUCUGAUGCCUUUGUUCCACGGAGCUCUUCCGGAUCAGAUCCGCUACUCCAUUCCCGAGGAGCUGGCCAAGAACUCAAUGGUAGGAAACCUCGCAAAGGAUCUGGGGCUCAGUGUCCAGAAUCUGCCCACCCGGAGGCUAAGGGUCAGUGCAGAGAAGGAUUAUUUUACUGUAAAUCCAGAGAGUGGGGACUUACUUGUGAGUGACAGAAUAGACAGAGAGCAGGUUUGCGGGAAGCAGCCUCAGUGUGUUUUGGAGUUUGAUAUUGUCGCUGAGAAGCCAUUAAAUAUUUUCCACGUAGCUGUAAUUCUUCAGGAUGUGAACGACAACGCUCCUCUGUUCAAACAGAGUGAGGUUGAUUUAAACAUUGGAGAGUCCACCAGACCAGGUAAAGCAUUUCCAUUGGAUCCAGCUCUCGAUUUAGAUGCUGGUUCUAAUUCGCUGCAAAAAUACUAUCUCACUGACAAUGAAUACUUUGAAGUCACGGAGAAAGAGACCCCAGAUGGACGUAAAUAUCCUGAGUUGAUUCUAAAACGUCUUCUGGACAGAGAAGAGCAUAAUUUUCACCAACUGAUCCUCACGGCUGUGGAUGGGGGGGAUCCUCCCCGAAGUGGCACCGCCCAGAUCCGAAUCCAAGUCACAGACGCCAAUGACAAUCCGCCAGUGUUCAGCCAGGAUGUGUUCAGGGUCACCCUUCGGGAGGAUGUGCCACCAGGCUUCUCCGUGCUUCAGGUAACAGCCACGGACCAGGACGAGGGCGUCAACGCAGAAAUCACGUACUCUUUUCACAACGUGGAUGAACAAGUGGAACGUUUUUUCAACUUAGACAAGAGAACAGGAGAAAUCACGACAAAGGAUAAUUUGGAUUUUGAGACUGCUAAGAGUUACACCCUGAAUGUAGAAGCAAAAGAUCCCGGAGACCUAGCAUCCCAUUGUAGUAUCCAAGUGGAAAUUCUGGAUGAGAAUGAUUGUGUGCCAGAGGUAAUUGUGACUUCAGUAUUUACCCCCCUACCGGAAGAUUCUCCACUAGGAACAGUCAUCGCCCUGAUAAAAACCAGAGACAGAGACUCCGGAGAAAAUGGAGACGUCUACUGCCACGUCUUGGGAAAUGAAGAGUUUGUAUUGAAAUCUUCCUCGAAGAAUUAUUACAAACUAGUUACAGAUAGAACUCUAGACCGGGAGGAGAUUCCGGAAUACAACGUCACCAUUGUAGCUACCGACAGGGGUAAGCCUCCCCUCUCCUCUAACGUAAUCAUCACUCUCCAUAUCUCAGACGUCAACGACAAUGCACCGGUUUUCCAUCAGGCCUCCUACUUGGUCCAUGUAGCUGAGAACAACCCACCUGGAGCCUCCAUUGCUCAAGUCAGCUCAGCUAAGACGGAGUUUAAUUUUCUCAAUGUGACGCCAGAAAUUGCUCCUCAGGACCUCCUCUGCGACGGCGGCGACUCUUGGGUACCAGGUACUCUUGGAGACACUGAGGUUCCGUUUGUCUCGGAUUCUACCUCAAAGAUUCAGGGAUUCAGUGUAAACACGGUCCUCAUCUUACGAGUGUGUGAAAAUUGGCUAGGGAAGAAACACAUCACUCAAGGUUGUGGCUUGUUACCAGCAAAGCAUCAUGAGUAG